CUGGCGCGUCGCGCUGCCAGUCGGCGGCGGGCUCUCGUGGCGUACGUAUCGUGUUGUAUUGGGUUAGUGUUUUCUCCCUCCCCUUCCCCUCCCCCCAUCGCUCGUACAUUAUUCGCGUAACCGACAGUGAUUACGCGACGUCUCGUCUCGGAGUCGCGACGCGUCGCGUCGGCACGUGCCCGGGCGUCGAAAAAUCCAGCUCGGAAAGAGACGAUUUGAAUUCUGUAGUACGGUGUCGGUUCCCGUUCUCGGGUCGGUGCGUUUGUUUUGACAUGUGUGUGGACUGCCAUAUUGGAUUACCGCAUCGCUGCUGUCGUCGUCGUCGUCAUCAAUGCUGCGGAACAUCUAGACGUGAGAUGCAACCACGGUGCUGAAAAAGAACGAUCUAUACUUACGGAUCGAGCAUGGAAUCUGUCAUGGAAUCUACAACGAUUGCACGGCACAGUUAAGGUCGGGCGGUUGAUGCCUGAUGGCGCGGGCUGGAACGCAACGCUGGAGAAAUCCUGCUCCAGAAUCAACUUGCGAACAACUCCGUUGCUGCGCAUCGCACCGAGGUGACGAUGUGCAACGAUCGAUCGAGCUGUUGGACAAGGUGCUCUCAGAGUACGACGAGCACGACGUGGAGGGCGAAGGUGGCGGUGGAGGCGGCGGCGGUGGCGGAAGCAACGGCGGCUGCGUCGGGAACGGAAGCAGCGGGGGCGUCGGGGAUUGCGGCAGCAGCACGGAACCGAGUAUUGGCCUCACGCCCGACGACGAGAGUCCGUCCUUAGGACACCAAUCCGAGGACGACGGUUACAUGAGCAUGAAUGGUCGGAAGGCGAAGAUGGCACUGGUAGCAUUACGUCCGGUUCCGGACUGUCCGGAGCCGCAGGAUUCCGCGGGCGUCUCGACGCAGGAAUUCCCGCCGCCCCCGGAAGAGGCUGAACGUAUCAUCUCGACUCUUCUGCCGAUGGUUUCCCCGGGAAACUCGUCAAAGAGGAACGUCAUGGGCCAGGCCUCGGAGCGACGGAAUAAUGCCGGCGGCCGGCAGCAGUGGAUGGUCGCCGUGGAGGAUAGCAUGCGGCACGGGAACGCUGUUACCACGCAGACCACCCUCCCGAAGACCCGCCAUCAGCGGCCGUACGGCUGGGAGAACGGAACCGUGGAGUCGCUGCGGCUGGCCCAGCCGCCCAGUCCGCCCAGCAAAUUCGCCAGUUUGCCAUACGACGGCAAGGUGUCCUUCAAUUGGAUCCCGCCGCGGACGAACCCGAGCGCGGUGGAGAAGCAUCGCGAGGUGCGUCGUCGCUCUUCGGAGGAGUGUCUCGAAGACGGCGGCAGCGGCGGCGGCAGCGGCCGCCAGCAGCAGAGCAGUCCCGAAAGGGAGCGCGCGCCCCACCCGAGGAAGCAGCAGCGGCAGCAGAACGAGAUCAUGAAGUCGAGCAGCGUGGAGGACCGUCUGUUGAUGAACAGGUCGGACAAGGAGCCGUCGUCGGCGCGACGGCGCAACGAUUCCGACUCGAGCGAGGGUCGGUUCUCCAGAAACUCCGAGUCCGAGAGCCGGUCGUCCAUGCCGCGCUCCAGCUCGGCCAGCGUCGAGCGGUUCUCCAUGCGCGUGAACUGCGACUCGUCGGACUUCUCGCGCGCUAACUCCACGUCGAACGAACGCUUCCACUCGGACUUCUCGAUAGCGGUGGCGAGCGCGAGCUCGAACGACCACGUGUCCGUGCCGACCUCCGAUCCGUUCUCCAUACGCAACCUCGACUUCGUCUCGUUCUCGCUGCCGCGCGCGGACUCCAGCGAGCGAUUCUCCGCGCCUACGUCCGACCGCUGCUCCGAGGAGCGCUACUCCGACCUGUUCUCCACGCGUAACUCGGACUUCUCCACGCGCAAUUCGGCCGACUUCAGGACGCAGUCCGAGGAGGAGCGUUUCUCCGACGACUCCCUGGAAGAACUGCUGCCGCCACCGCCGCCCAUCAGCAAGAGGCACUCCAUCGCGUGGGAGGUGUCUCUAGAAGACGAUCCUCUGUACGCGCCCGGCAGCACCAAAGUCGUCGGCAGGAGACGACGAAAGAGCAGCGACGUCUCGAGCGUGGGUUCCGCGUCGAAGCUACGCGAUUUCGACGAUUGGCAAGAUCAGCGGCUGUCGACGACCGACGAUGAUUUGAUCUCGCCGUACUCGGACUCGUCUACGAACGACCUCGACCAGAUACGCCCGCAGGAGCUCACGAAGAACGGCACGUACGUCAUACGACGCGGCCGUAAGAAGGAGCGUAAAGUUCUGCCGAAGACGCCGACAAAGACCAAGAGCCUGUCUUUCGAAAACGGCGAGGAAAGCCGAUUGUCGGACGUGAAGCGGUACUCGAGCACCUUCGACAACAUCAAGAGCCUGCUGAAAGAAGGCAAGCUCGAGGGUCUGGACGAGCCGCCGGCGGAGUUCGCGGCUCCAGUGCCGCCGCCGGAUCUCAUCCGCGUCGUGUCGAUGCCGGCGAUCAACAACGACGCCAGCAAUCGGGCUCAGCUGGAGAUCACCGUCGAGGAGGAAGAGGCGUCCGACAUUUCCGACAAGGACAAGGAGCGCAACAGCAUCGAGCUGCCCCGGCUACCGCCGUCGCCCGUCGAGGACGAUCAAAUGAACUCCCGUUUGGACCGAUUGAGGGAUUGCAACGGCAUUCCGACGGCGCCUACCUUGGCGGAUCUGGAAACCGGCAAGUCGUCGACGAACGACGUAUUCGCCGAGUCGCAGACGUCGAAGAAGAAGCUCACGACGACGAUGAGCGACGAGCGAUUGGUUUCCAAGAUCCCGGUGAAUCUGCUGAUCGAGGAUCAGAUCGUGAAGAAAGCGCUGAAGGAGAAUCGUCGGCAGCUGGAGAAGGUGAGCGACGCGAUCAAGGAGAUCGAGAGCGUGAAGAAUAGCGAGUCUUACUGCGAGAGCAAGCGCUGGCGAAACGGCGAGCUGAAGCAGAACUCGAAGCGGAAUAGCUGCGAGAGCGAGCCGCACGACGGGCGGAGCAGACCGAUGAUCGUCGACAGCAAUCCCUUCGACAGCAGAAGUCGCGGUAAGCAGCAGCAGCAGCAGCAGCAGCAGUACAGCUCCGAUUCCGAGACGUCGAAGGCCAGCUCGGACGCGGACUUCGCGGACCGGAGAAAACCGAACGGCGCCACCGACGGCGUCAUCUACUCGUCCGGCAGACGACUGCGCCAGAAUGGCAUCGAGAACCACAAGAACGAUCAGAAGCAAAUCGAGAACGUGAUCGACGCCAUUCUGGAGGACUCGAAGAAUCCGGAAUUCCAGGUGAGUGUCGAUGUGAUGGAGUUUCCGCCGCUACCACCCUCGCCCGUUGAAGAGGCCGACGAGGAGAGCUGCUCAGACGUCGGCCAGAGCGCAGUGAUGACGCCGCCGAAAUCCAAGAGUCACAACCGGACCGUGGAGUACAGGCCGAGGGUGCCGCCUCAUCGCGUUCCGCCGGUCAUCGACCCGAAAGAGCAGGCCUCCUUAAACACCAGGUCUAUGGACGCCGGCUUCGCCAGGGGGAGGCGCACGCCGAUCACCAGUAAUUCCAGGCGAGAGGUACCCGUGGAACGACGAACUCUGCCCACUGAUCUACCCGGACCAUCCCGUCGACGACCGUUCACGAAGAGACACUCGCCGUCGGCGGAGGCGUAUUCCUCCGGCGGUAGCAGCGGCGGUGGUACCGGCAGCGUCGCCGCCGGCACCGGUUCCGGGAUGCAAACGUCGUGCUCCCUGCCGGAGACCCCGGUGUUCGCCAGGGGCAGCGACAUCCCCAGAACGCCGCAGCACGCCGGCAAUCCCACGCAAUCGAGGCGGCAGCCCGGCUGGUACGCACCCACCACAGCUACCGGCUAUCGGCGGAAUAAUCCCGGCUUGGAGCAGGCCAUAAUCGGCACAGAGUUACUGCGGCUGGCGGGCGGUCCGAAUCGCGGAUGGUAUCCCACUAGGAAAGCGAAUCAGCCUCGACCGGCGUCGAUCGAGCACCUCGAGCGGCUUAAUAACGCCUACGAUGCACGACUGCCGGGCACCGGGGACCAGAGGAAGCCGCUGACUCUGCCCACGAACAUCACACCCAACAAAUACUUCGGCCAAAGUAAGCACAGCUCCGCCUCCAGCACUCGUGAGGCGCUACGGAGGGUCACUAGCUUGCUCAUCAAAAAAGGAAGCGGUAGCAAGGACGGCAAGGGCAGCAAGGACAAUAGUUCACCCUCUGGUCCUUAUGCUGGCGCGGAGAGCAGCGACGCGCCGAAGAAGAAGGGUUUUUUCAAGGGCUUCUGGAAGCGGUCGCGUCACUACUCCUUGGAGAACCAAUAGCCCAGGUGCGCGAGGGUGACGAGCCACCAUCACCAGCGUAACAGGCAGACGCGGCAGCAGCGACAGCGGAGUAUCACGACCCUCGCGAACAACCCGUGCUGCUGCAUCGUCCAGUAACCCCGAUUUACACGGUGUGUCGACCGCGAACCAACCCUCGCCAGCCGGUAUCCCUUCACCGAUUUUCGCGUUCCUGCAAACACGGAAUUUUGCACACGUUUCACCACAGGUCCGAUUGAUUACGCCAGUAUGAACGAUCCUCACAACAGCUGAACCAAAAUCAUUUUCUUUCCGAUUUUAAUUCCGAACGUUCUUCGAACACUUAUAAGCGUGAGUUUGUGAAAAAUUAUUCUUUAACUUAACUUUAUCCUCCCGACAGGUUCUGAAAUGAAUUAUAUAUAUAUAUAUGUGUAUAUGUGGAACGGUAUAAUUUCUUCGAUUUUUUUGUAUAUUGUAUGUAUUUUUCGGCUCUCAACAGCUUUGAGAGCCUCUCUAAUUCUUUCAGAGAUUUGGCCGGCAUGAUUUUUCAUGCCCCUUCGUAAAAAGGUGAGUCUCUGCGUAUUGUUUUGAUUCUGUUUUUUUAUAAUUUGACCUUUCGUGUCCGAAAAAUUCUUUCAUAAUUUCAUGUACAUAUGUCUUAUCGAAUUAAUCUUCUAAGAAGAAUUUCUCUGGGAAAGAAACUCUCUCAAAUAUUUUUUCAGAAGUUUCAGAAUUUUUACGCACAAAAUAAUGAAAUAUCAAUCUUACUUAUUAAGCGUUAUUAAUCAGCUCGGAAUUUCGCGCGGAAUCGCGUCGCUUUCGCGGGAGAACGUGUCAUGGUCCAUAGCUACGAAGAGAGUCCGUCGCGGAUCGAAACGCUUUUUCGCGUCUUCGUCACGCUGUCUGUCACGCCGCGUUGGGUUUCCACGCCACGCACUAUCACGCAUAAAGAGAUCUGCGAUUCGUGCUCGUGACGAAUCGCGCACGCAAAUGUAUAUCGACGAGAUUCUCGCUAAUCGACGAAAAUCUAUCUGGAAUUCUGCAACAGCAUUAAUUUCUGAACAAAAAUUCAGUCAAAUUUUAGUGAUUUUGAGUAAAUCGAGUUUUUCUUGAAAAGAAGCCGACUCCAACGAAAGUUUUUUAACAUAGCUUUAAUUUUUUAUCUGCAAAAGAGGGCCAACGUAUAAAUUGGCCCUCUCUUUCAUCGCAAGUGCCACAAUAUGAUCGCCAAUUGUGCUUCGUCGACCGGCGAGAUCGCGCGUUUUCAUCACACUCGAAUCUUCACACCCUCCUUUUGUAAUCGAGAAACACGCACGUUGCGUUUGUAGAGACAAGAAACAGAGUAAUAAACGAUUCAAUACACAGAGUAUUCGGGGUAUAUAUUUGAGUAUACUCAACUUAAUAUUUUGUGUGUGUGUGUGUGUGUGUGUGUGUGUGUGUGUGUGUGUGUGUUUUGUGUGUGUGUGCGUGUGCGCGUGCGUGGGGUAUCUCGCGAGAUAGAAAAAAUGUAAGGAUAAAAAGCGAGAGUGUGAGAGUGAGAGAGAAACGGGCGCAAAUGCGAGGAAAAGAGAUAAAAGAGAAUAUCAUACCGCGCAUUAUUAUUGAUACGAUUGUAAGUUCAUAGAAUCAUUAACAUGUUGUAACGUUAUUAAUAAUGGGACAAUUAUACGCGUGCAGACGCGACAUAACACGCAUACAAAUACACGUGCAAGGACAUAUACAUAUACGUACUCACACCUACCACACGCGCGUUAACGAUAAUAAGAAUAAUAUUAUUAAUUAACAUUAUUACCGAUAAUAUAUGAUUAACUGAAGUUAUAGCUGAUAAAAUGUAAAACGAAAGGAGCCGAUGAUAAAAUGAGAUGACGAUGUUGAUGGUAAUUACGAUCGUAUGUAUUUAAUAGAGUUUUUAAGUCAAUGUGUCGCGUUCAUCCUUUCGGAUAUCUGACAAAAACGAAGAAAAAAAAAAAAGAAAAAACAAAAAAAAAGAACGACCGCCGACUGUAAUCGGAAGUCGGUCGAAUGCCAAAGAUUGUCCCGCGGUGUGUCGAUCUCGAAAGAAGCUAGAAAACUUUUCAGCCAGCGUCUUCUCGUAUAUUUGUAAACUAUUUUCUAUUUCGAUUUCAUAUAUUCGCGGUCCCAUGAUUUCGACGCUUAUAUUAGAGACGAUUGAAACGCGAAAAGGGGGAGGAGAGAAAAAAAAAAAAGUUGCGUUGUCCUUUUCUAAAAUUCACGUCGAUCGAGUGCGAACGAAGAUUUCUUUUUUCGAACAAUAACAUUUGGAUGUAGAGGAUAGAGAUCAAUGGAAGAGAUUUCGGAGGCAAGGGGAUAUUUAAUAGCAUUCGGCAUUGUCCGCCGUGGAAAAUAGCGUCGCUUCAACCGAAGCGGAAUGCGUUCCGCUCAUCUUUUUUUUUUUCCCCGCGAGAAAUUUGUCGCAUCUCCCCUCGCCUCUGACAUUCCCGAUUACUCGUUAAAUGUUAGACGAAUUUUGAGACGCUUGAGAAAUAUAAUUUAUCUUACUAAACGUGUCCUACUUCAUUCUUUCUACAUUCUUUCCAGCGCUGGUUGACAAAACUCACGCGAUUACGGCGCAACCGGUGUUUUUGUCCGUGGAGCAAAAGUCUCGGAUAGUCUUGAAACUGUUAGAGCGAGCGAUACCAAUGACGAGUAAUAACGCGCGACCGUUCGGCAAAGGAUAAUAAGAAAAAAAAUGGGCAUUCACGGAGCAUCCGUCACAGCAAGGUAUAAACGUUAAUAGCUAACGCUUUUAUCGCUCAUCAUCGACGUUACCAUAUUUACCGAUAAGUUCUUGUUAAAGAUAAUCUAAAUAAGCGUAUACGGAGCGUUAAUGAUCUCGCACUACUUUUCGUAAACUUACUCCAGCACUGCCGCGUCUCGCAGGUCAGAUCAGUGAGACAUACUUUGUUCCAAAGCAGGGUGAAAAUUAAAUCAUCAGUGAAUAAAAAUAAGUUUUCCAUCAAGAUUGUUGGUUGCCAAUUCAAUAUCUGAAUUAUGAAAAAGUCCGAGUGAUUGAGAGAUGAAAAUAUGUAGCGGGAAGAAUUCAGGUGACACCGGCGCCUAUGAAAAAACAUUCUAAUCUUUCACAGGUCUUUCAAAUAUUGGUUUAAACGUCUCUUAUCUCGAUACUCUUUGUAGGAAUUUAUUGGAAGAAAACAAAUUUGUGGAUUUAUCGCAUUCUUGCACUGAAUUCCUCGAUUUCGGUGCCGCUGUUUGUCUCUUAGUUUAUUUUCACGCCGAGGCUCGAUUAGGAAACUAAAGGAAAAGCACGCAUGUGCGUUUCUCCACCAUCCGCAGAGAAUCCGGUGUCAUCUGCAAGACGCUGCGAGACAAGCGGCCUCAUAUUGAGGUCACGUACUGUGAUCAACAAGAUCAUGUUUGCGAGAGAUGAUCUCUACGAAACAAGAGACUUACGAGAGAGUUCAACGCCCUUUGCCGUAGAAUGCGAUCUGCGGCGAUCACGUUUCAUAUUCCAACAAAAUAUAAUUCACUUCUAAAUUCUAAGGCCGAUUUCUCACGAGAUUCGAGUCGAUAUUCACGGCGCAGAUCGCAGUCCUCGCCAAUGAAAGACACGUCUGCCGGAUAGCAAACGAAUUAUAAUGUGAUGACUAAUAUCGCGACGCGAGCGCGGAGUGGCCGUUUCGCUUAGAGAGACCUUCGCAUCCCAUCGUGGGACAGUCGAUGGUCGUUCGUCGUGAUUCUCGUCGUCAUUUCACAUCACGUUUCGCCGCGACAAAUCCGGCUGCAGCUGGAAGAGAGCGUUUUUUUUUUUUUCCGCGGACAUAGCAAUUUUCGCACGGAGACAGGAGCACGAAAGAGAGCCGACGUUCAAGUCCUUCGGAAGAAGGAAAUAGGGAAAAAAUCGGAAUAAUAGGAGUAGUAGCUAAGCACCAAACCACAUGCCUUAUAUACGAAGAUCCACGCGCUGACACCAUCUCGAAGGCGACUUUGUUUCUCGAAUGUUAAUCGAUCGGAAUGAAACCCGUAGUCAAUAUUAAUACUUAUAAAUCAAUUGAAAUUUUUUUUCAAUAAAAUUUUUAAUUCAAUAAAAUUGCAGAUCGAUGUUUCUCUUCGUUUCAAAUGCAUUCUGUUCGAAGCGAUGGUGUCGGAUCGCGAAUCUUAGGAUACACCUGAUCCAUAGUUACAAAGCGACUCGGCGAAAGUAGCUCCAAUUUCCACCACAACGAACAUCAAGAUCUACCGAGCGUCACGACGAUCCUCGGCGAAGCUAAGCGUGGCCGUCGGGACGCCUUUUGGAAGCCACCACGCUUCGCGUUUCAUCGACGGGAAGAAAUUAUGCGUCUCGCAUGUUCGAGAUGCGGCAAAGUACGGUUUGGGGAGACUUUCGCGCGUCCUCGUUAUGUUAUAUAAAUUUUGGAAUUCCACAUGCGCACACUUAUACUCACCGUAUAUAUACACGUACACAACGUUCACGAUAAGAGGAGAAAUCUAUAUAUAUAAAUAUAUAUAUAAUAUAUUGUAUUAUACGUGCUCUCGUAACUUAUCUCGCCUACAUUAUCUAGGUGUAAUUCUCAGCGUUAAAAUUACAACGCGUAUCGACGCACAUGUAUCGCUACGAUAUUGUUCAGGCUAUGAUGUGUCCGAUCGAGCGCUCAUCUUUGCCGGCGACCGAAAAAAAAAAAAAAAAAAAAAA